AUAUUUAAAUGAAGAAUGUCGCUACGGUGAAUUUUAUUGGUUAUUGUUUACCUAAAGCUUAUGGGACGAGACAUGCGGCCAUCUUGGCACACCUCGGGGGUCCUUUGCUCCUUUCUGAAGUAUGGGGGCGGCCAUCUUGGUACUCCCGAUGUUAGCAGGAAGAGUUCCUCCAUACAGAGCGAUGUCACCUCUGUGUCAUCUGUCCUGGGACUCCUAGUGAUAGAGGAGAAUGUAUGAGGACACUGAACUAGUCAGUUCUUGUGUCAGUCUAUAGUUACUCCCCAGGAUGAAACAUUUAUGUGGUUUACAAGUUGCCAUUGGUGGCAUGAAGCCUCUUCACCCUUCGUCGGUUCUACUGACCCAUAGGAUUAAAUUGCUGACUAUAAGGACCCUGUGCUCUCCUUCAUCCAAACCUCCAGACGUCGGACCUCCUUCUGAGGUCUCUGUUGUAAGCCCCCUGAAGAGGUGGGUGGAAGCCGGUAAAACUGUGGGUAGAAAUUCCAUGCAAAAAGCAUCUGCCACGGCCAAAUAUUGGUGGGAUCGAUACGAAGAGUUUGUAGGAGUUGUGGAAGUUCGAGAAGCUCAAUGGAAAGUAACUGAGGCAGAAAAGGACUUCAUGGUGGCUCGUGGGAUAGUGCGGGAGGCCCGUGAAAACGUGGAGUCUCAGCAGGUGAAGCUAAAAGAAGUGCGGGAUCGCCUGGACAGAGUGUCCCGUGAUGAUGUCCAGUAUUUGGAGCUCGCCACUCUAGAGCAUAAACUUCUACAGGAAGAAAAAAGAUUAAGAACGUCAUACAUCAAUGCCGAGGAGUCUGAAAGAGAGAAGUUUGCUCUUUUCUCUGCCUCCGUGAGGGGGAGUCAUGAAAAAGAGAGGACCAGAGCUGAGCGGACUAAAAACUGGUCGAUCAUCGGGUCCGUACUUGGGGCCAUCAUUGGAGUCAUGGGAUCAACCUAUAUCAACCGGGUAAGGCUCCAGGAGUUGAAGAAUUUGCUUCUGGAAGCCCAGAAGGGACCAAUCAGCUUACAGGAAGCGAUCCACGAGCAUGCAUCUGUGCACCAGUCCCAGCAGAAGGAUCUUGGGGACCUCGUUACAGCAUUAAGAAACAUGAUAUCAACUGCUCCUCCAUUAUCUCAGGACCCUCAAAGUGCAGAUUUGAGGUCUCCAGCAUCUUCAGUUGGGUCAGUAGAUCAGGUGUUAUCGGCCAUUAAGGAACACAUGAUAUAUACUAAAGAAACAGGGGAAAACUUUGAAAGUUUGCAGCAGAAAUAUGGAAACCUUGAGAAGAGUCUUGGUAAAAUAGCUACUGAUAUACAGAAUGUGAAAUCUGCAGUGAUUGUAAAGACUAAAGAAGGGCCGAUCCAUAGCUCUGUGCCCAGAGACGGUGUGCAGGAAGGUUCCCUCCAGAACGUUAUACUUGAAUUAUCUGACGCCGAGCAGAGACUGGGCGCUCACAUUAACAGGAAUUCCAUUUACAGCACCGCACUCACAUGCUCUGUACUCGCUAUAUCCUUUCCAGUAUUGUACAUUUUACUAAAAGGAAACUAAAUAAUUGAAUAAACAUUCCUACAUUAGUGAUGUUUUUACAAAAGGCUGUGGUUUCUUUAUUGUUUGGAUUCACAUUCUCUACAAUGCUAAAUAGACAUUUAACCCAUAAAAUCAAAUGUACAUCAACCCUAAAUGGUAAAAUCAGACCUUUCUCAGUUGUGAGUCCAUUGAGUAUCAACCAACAUGGCCAUGCAGUUGUAUAAUGGAACAAAGGGAGAUAAGUAUCUGGCAGACAAGCUAGUGUUACUUAUGUUUCCCCUAAUAAAGUACCUUAUGGUUACCGAUGCAUGUUAUCUCUGCCAAAAUUGCCACGACUUCAACCAGGUUUACUGUUGCUUCAUUCAGACAUGGAAGUCGGCCAGUAGUCUGCAAGUUGGAAUCCUUAAAGUGUUUAUAUCUGUAAUUAAAAGGGUAUUC